AUGAGCACAGCGACGCUUCAGCCGUCGCAACAACAGCGAAUGCCGCGGGCUGCUUCUGCGCAAGAUGAUCGAGCGCAGCUACGGCCGAUCGAUUCUAAUAACUCGAGAAGCGCUUCACACCCGCAUCCCAGCCGACAACAUGAAAAGGACCUUGUCCUCAAACAUGCCGGUGCGGCCAAUUCAAAAGAGGUCAUGCCGCCUGACGAGAUCUCGAAGGAUCCAGAGAAGAAGCAAUUGGGCUAUUCGUCCCGUCAUCUUAAAAUCUCCGACUUUGAGUUGAUGCGGACACUUGGAACGGGCACUUUUGCUCGAGUCUGGCUUUGCCGCUUUGCCAAUCCGUCCCCAGAAGAUCGAGACAAGGUGUUCGCCCUGAAGGUCCUCAAGAAGGUGGAUGUCAUCAAACUGAAACAAGUCGAGCAUGUUCGCAACGAGCGAGACGUUCUUGCUGCGGUCGCGGGCCAUCCCUUCAUAACGACUCUCAUUACCUCUUUUUCAGACGAAACCUCUUUAUAUAUGCUGCUCGACUAUACUCCUGGUGGAGAGAUCUUUUCCUAUCUUCGGCGAGCUCGACGCUUCCCCUUUGCGACUGUCCAAUUUUACGCCGCGGAAAUCACUCUCAUCUUAGCAUAUCUCCAUGAAGUGCAGUUUGUCGCCUAUCGUGACCUGAAGCCUGAAAAUAUUCUGCUGGAUGUGGACGGCCAUUUGAAACUGGUUGACUUUGGAUUCGCCAAAUAUCUGCCUCCUGCACCACAACCCACGACUGGCGAAGACUAUCACCAUAACCACGCUAAACCAAGCGGAGAGCAUCCUGAGCCACAGGCUAGCGGAGCCGGAGUCACUUAUACUCUCUGUGGCACGCCAGAAUAUCUUGCGCCAGAAGUGAUACGAAACACCGGUCACGGUACCGCGGUGGAUUGGUGGGCGCUCGGCAUUCUGGUAUACGAGAUGUUGAUCGGACAACCGCCCUUCUGGGAUCAGAAUCCAAUGCGCAUAUACGAGCAAAUUGUUGCUGGCCACAUCCGCUUCCCCACUGCGCAGCCCACUUCCCAGAGCCGUCAUAGCCUCCAUGUUCCCCGCGCCGCGCGCGAUUUUAUCCUGGCAUUGUGCAAGACAGACCCUACACAGCGCCUGGGACACAUCGCUGGGGGGAGCAAACGGGUCAUGGAGCAUCCCUUCUUUGAGGGCAUCAACUGGGACGAUAUCUAUUACCGAAGGAAACGAGGCCCUAUCAUUCCAAGGGUCGAAUGGGCUGGUGACGCCGGAAAUUUCGACGAAUAUCCUGACCCCAUCGAAGGUGAAGAAAGUGAAGGCGGAAGAGGUAGGUACACCGAGGAACUCCGUGCCGAAUGGGAAGACGCCUUCAAGGACUUUUAG